UUUCUAUCUCAUGCUGCAAGGAAAGAAAAUGAUGACCGAGAAAGUUUGAAAGAGAGAAAAAAGUGAUAGAAUCUGGUGGUGGUGGCCUUUGAGCUGUGAUUUAGCUGUCUCUCUCUCUCCUCUCUUUCUCACACGCUCCCCCAAAAUCCCUAGAAAAAUCCCUCUUCAUUUUCUGUCUCCCCAAACAUCCAACCCAAAUCUCCUUCUCUCUCCUUAGAUCUCCCUCCCGUUAGCAUCUCACGUUCCCAACCUGAACCCAGAAAAAAAAAAAAAAAAAAAAAUAGAGAGAGAGAUAUCAAUGUCUCAUAUGUGAUGAAGAACAAGACUAACCACCAUUUCUACUUCAAUCUUCUCUCACUACUACUACUACUACUACUACCCAUCUUCAUCUUUUCUUUCUUUCUCUCCUCUGCAAAUGCUCAUUCUUUCAACAAUGGCGGACUCACAGACACCGAAUCAUUAUACAUCAAGCAACGCCAGUUACUCUACUACAGAGACGAGUUCGGCGACAGAGGCGAGAACGUAACGAUUGAUUCGUCUCUGGUUUUCGAAAACCCUCGUCUCCGAAACGCUUACAUUGCACUUCAAGCUUGGAAAGAAGCUAUACUCUCCGAUCCUCAAAAUUUCACCGGAAAUUGGGUCGGAUCUGAUGUGUGUCACUACACUGGAGUUUACUGUGCUCAAGCGCUCGACAACCACUCGAUUAAAACCGUCGCUGGAAUCGAUCUCAAUCAUGGGGACAUCGCUGGGUACCUCCCGGAGGAGUUGGGACUUCUCACUGAUCUCGCAUUGUUUCACAUAAAUUCGAAUCGGUUUUGUGGAACUGUGCCUCACAAAUUCAAGAACUUGAAGCUUCUCUACGAGCUCGAUCUGAGCAACAAUCGUUUCGCCGGAAAAUUCCCUCUGGUUGUACUGAAAUUGCCGGUUUUGAAGUUCUUAGAUCUUCGAUUCAACGAGUUUGAAGGCAAUGUACCAAACAAACUCUUCGACAAAGAUUUAGAUGCUAUAUUCAUCAACCACAAUCGGUUCCAAUUCGAGUUGCCAGAUAACUUCGGGAACUCGCCGGUGUCGGUGAUUGUGGUGGCGAAUAACAAGUUUCGAGGAUGUGUUCCGGCUAGUCUGGGGAACAUGUCGAGGACUUUAAACGAGAUUAUACUGAUGGAGAAUGGGUUGAGGUCGUGUUUGCCUCCGGAGAUUGGGUUGUUGAAGGAAUUGACAGUGUUUGAUGUCAGUUUCAAUGAGUUGAUGGGGUCGUUGCCGGAGACGAUUGCGGGAAUGGUGAAGUUGGAGCAGCUUAAUGUGGCGCAUAAUAUGCUUUCUGGGAGUGUUCCGGCGAGUAUAUGUAAGCUUCCAAGACUUGAUAACUUUACGUUUUCUUAUAAUUUCUUUACUGGUGAGGCUCCGGUGUGUUUGAGCUUGCCUGGUUUUGAUGAUCGGAGGAAUUGUUUGCCCUCGAGGCCUGCGCAGAGGUCGCCGGCGCAGUGUCGGCGGUUUUUGUCGAAGCCUGCUGUGGAUUGUAGUGUUUUUAGGUGUAAGCCUUUUGUUCCGUCACCGGUGGUGCCUUCGUCUCCACCACCACCACCGGUUUUUUCACCUCCUUCCCCACCACCCUCUCCUCCCCCACCUCCUCCCCCACCCGAUUCUCCCCCACCGCCGCCAUCUCCUCCUCCACCUUCUCCACCUCCACCAUCACCUCCUCCAGCAACAUUGUCUCCACCUCUCCCACCUUAUUGCAUCCACUCCCCACCACCUCCACCGCCAAAUUCACCACCACCUCCACCUCCUCCCUCAUAUUCUCCACCUCCUCCUAUUCCCUAUUAUUAUAAUUCGCCACCGCCUCCACACUAUUCAUCACCACCUCCGCCACCACACUCACCACCACCACCGCAUGUUUAUGCCUAUUCAUCACCACCACCACCGCCUACUGUCCAUUCUCCGCCUCCCCCAAUUCAUUCACCACCACCACCAUCUCCACCACCUUGUAUAGAACCACCACCACCACCUCCUCCUCCACCUUGUGUAGAGUACUCACCCCCACCACCACCCCCCUCACCAUCACCCUCACCAUCAAUUCAUUACUUGCCACCACCAUCACCUCCACCACCACCACCUGUGUAUGCUUCUCCACCUCCACCUUCCCCACCUCCCCCAAUUCACUAUAGUUCUCCACCCCCACCCCCAAUUCACUACCACUCUCCUCCUCCACCAUCACCACCACCAGCUCCAGUCCCAUGUGAACACCCACCACCACCACCUCCUACUCCCGCAUACGAGGGGCCAUUGCCACCAAUCUUCGGGGUUCCAUAUGCAUCUCCCCCACCACCACCUUUCUAUUGAUUCUUUUAAGAAUUUUCCUCUAACCUUCCUCAAAACCGAGCACAAAAUUAUCAGUCACAUUAGCUUAGCUUUCAUUGCUUCUAUUGCCUCACCAAUUAGUUCUUUGCUGGCCUCCAAUCACCAAAAGACAUUGUUCAAAGAAGAGAUCAACUGCAUUUGUGUCGGCAUGCUACUGUCAAUUGUUGAUGAAGAAACAGAGAAGUGGUAAUUUGAAUCGAAAGGGGUAAAGAACAGAAAGUCCCUCUCCAUAUUUAUUUGAAAUUGUUAAAUCAUAUAAUUUGAGUUUGCAAAAUAAAUUGGUAGAGAAAACGACGAGUAGGUUUCAGGUAAUUGUAUGUAUAGAGACAGCCAUAAUCAGGGCCAGAAGAUGGCAGCAUUUUGCUGCUGAUUCUGGUUUGUGGGUUCAUUGUUAUCUUCUCUUCUAUAUCAUAUCUUUGUUUAUUUCCAAUUUAGAGUAUAUUCAUGAGCAUUACAUGUA